AUGACUGAAAACACGAACGGGUACGGUAAAAUAUGGGUUUUUUCUGAAUAUUUCAUAUUAUCCUUGGGACAAACUCUUGAGUGUUUCAAGGUCACUCCCCCUCGAUCUCUAUCUCUCAACCCCCAACAAGAUUGGAGGAUACAACACCUUGGUGUAACACCUCCCAUCGCCUUGAGCCAACCGACGCCUAGAGAGUUUGAAGUUACAGAUUCGUUACUUGAAGAGCUUAAAGAGCAAGGCACUUUUGAAAGCGAAGAAGAAAGCAAAAGACGUGAAGUAGUGCUUGGCAAACUUGAUAAAAUCGUUAAAGAUUUUGUGAAACAAAUAUGUAGAAAAAAAAAUUUAUCCGAAGCUGACGCUAAUGAAGCUGGAGGAAAAAUAUUUACUUUCGGUUCCUAUCGACUAGGUGCCGAUAUUGAUACAUUGUGUGUUGUUCCUCGUCACGUAGUACGUGAAGAUUUCUUCACCGAAAUGCAUGAAGCUUUGCGUUGUCGGAACGAAGUUACAGAAUUGACGAGUGUAACUGAUGCAUAUGUGCCUGUAAUCAAAAUGAAAUUUCAAAAUAUCCCGAUUGAUCUUGUAUUUGCAAGCUUGGGAGUUUCUAAAGUCCCUGAUGAUCUUGAUCUUCAAGAUAAUUCUCUACUAAAGAAUUUAGAUGAAACUUGUAUAAGAAGUUUAAAUGGAUCCCGAGUGACAGACGAAAUCCUACGCUUGGUUCCUAAUAUACCAGCAUUUCGGACUUCUCUGAGAUGCAUUAAAUUAUGGGCAAAAAGGCGUGCCAUUUAUUCUAAUAUAAUGGGAUUUUUUGGUGGUGUUGCUUGGGCUAUGUUAGUGGCCCGUAUAUGCCAACUAUAUCCUAACGCUAUUGCUGGCGCAAUAGUGUCUCGAUUUUUCAGAAUCAUGUAUCAAUGGAAUUGGCCACAACCAGUAUUACUGAAGCCCAUUGAAGAAGGUCCAUUACAAGUCAGAGUCUGGAAUCCAAAGUUAUAUCCAAUUGAUCGAUCACAUCUGAUGCCUAUUAUUACUCCAGCUUAUCCUUCAAUGUGCGCAACACACAAUGUUACAUCUUCAACAAAAAAAAUUAUCGAAAAUGAAUUUAAAAGAGCUGCUGAAAUUGCCGAUAAAGUCAUGGUUGGAACUGGAAAAUGGAAUGAACUUUUUGCUAAACACGAUUUUUUUAUGAGAUAUCGUUAUUAUCUCCAAAUUAUAGCAUCUUCGGAUUCUCCCGAACGACAAUUGAAAUGGGCUGGAAUGGUAGAAUCAAAGAUUCGACAUCUCAUCACUAAACUUGAAUUAGUAGAAAACCUUAGUCUAGCGCAUCCCUUUGUAAAUGGUUUCGAGAAAGUUCAAUAUUGUAGAAAUGAUCAAGAACAAUCUGAUAUUGCAUACGGAAUGUUUGAUAAUAAUAAUAGUGCUGAAGUAAACACCGCCGCGCAAUCACAAGAUAAUGUACGCCGAAUAUAUACGACCACUUUUUACAUCGGAUUAUUUAUUGAGCCUCGAUCAACUGGUGCAACCGCGCCACGACAAUUGGAUAUCUCUUGGCCUAUCUCCGAAUUCACAAAAAUGGUGAAAUCAUGGGACAAAUAUGAUGAACAAACUAUGGCAAUUGUCGUUAAUAACGUAAAACGAAAUGCACUCCCCGCCGAUGUAUUUGAGGAUGGUGAGCCAAGACCGAUACGGCGUAAAUCACCGAGAGCUACUCCUGGAUCACCGAGAGCUACUCCCGGGAAGAAUAAAUUCCUUAACACUACCACAACGGGAACGGAACAGCCCAACAAGAAGCGACGAGGCUCGAAUGAUACAGUAAUGUCAGCAUUCGAUCAAGUUAAUUUAAACAAUAAUGAACCAAUUCUGAAUGGAUCAGAAAACCUGACGACUCUCUCUCCUGCUACACCUCCAACAGCAUCAUUUGACCAGCACGUGAGGCAGACUGUCAAGAGUGGUCCUUGA